AUGGUUAAACACGAAGCUGAAUGUUUAUGUAAUCUUAUUAAAACAUUUAAAUUUAUUUGUUCUGUUGUCAUUUGGUACGACAUACUUAAUCAUAUAAAUCCAAUCAGUAAAUUAAUGCAAAAACCAAAUUUUGACAUAUCUUUAGCUUUGGGCAUUUUAAAAACUUUAUUGAAACAUUUUAAUGAACUGAGAUCAGAAGAAUCUUUUGAGAAAAUGAUUAUAGAUUCAACAGCACUUGCAACGGAAAUGGGAGUAGAGUCUGUUUUUGAGAACUCACGGGGUAGAAUUAAACCACGACGUACUCGUAAACACUUUGAUUAUGAACACAACGAUGAACCAGUUAUUGACCCAAAACAACAAUUCAAAAUACAUUUUUAUUACUUUACACUUGAUGUAGCUAUAAAUAGCGUGAAUUGA